AACAUUUCCAGCCUGGGAAAGUACAGCCUGUGAGAGACUGCCUCAGCAACAGGGCAGGGAAAAGCCAAGGACAUCAAAGCAGGAUGCAGAGAGGGAGAAGUUACUCAUGUUAGGGGGAUGAAACAGUUCUGCCUGAUGUGGUGGGCCAGGCACGGAGGCUGGGACAGGAUAACAGAUCCAGGUGAACAAGGGUGAGAGUGGAUUUGGGAUAACAUCAUAGUUUGGGGCAGUUGGAUCACAGGGUGUUUCAAAAGUGUGAAUGGAAGUUACGUCAGGAGGAGGGAAGCAGCCCAAGGCUUAGACCUUGGUACAGAUUCUUGUCUGGAAUAUUGUUCCAGUGUUUUGUUGAACUUGGUGGGAUGUGUCUGACUGCUGUCAAGCCCAGACUGUGUGAUUUGACUUUGACAAGCAGCCUUGGAGAAGAGUUUAAUCCCAGAACCUGAACGUGGAACUGCAACAUCACAACAACAGCAGGGCUGUGUGGGGAGCUGCAGAUGGGAAAAUGCAGCCUGGGGCAGCAGAGCUGCAGGACUGGCAUAUUUGGGAUGGUCUGGUCAUUGCUGCACUGACCCUGCCUGCUGCAGCUGGAGCUGCUGUGCUCUGUGGGGCUGCUCCCCGUGCAGAGAGCCCUGCCUGGGCUCCUGUGGCUCCCUGUGGGGCAGCUCUGAAAUGCUGCUGCCAGUCUUCACCACGAGCAAGAAGUGAUGCUGCUAAUUUUUUGGAAGGAGUCGCCGGCAGACAGAGCGUUCCUGGAGGGGCGAUGCUGCCGAGCCCUGCCCCGGGCAGAAGGAGAGAUGCGCGGCCCGGGGCGGGCAGCGGGAGUGAGUGAGGAGCUGCCUCCGCCUGCGCCUUUCCGAGAGGGAAGAAGCAUGGUAAGAGCUGGACCCGGUCCCUGGAGCGCAGCCCCGCUGAGCAGGAGGUGGGAUUAUUCCGGAGUAGUUAUGGAGAGCUAUAACCUGGCAGCGGAGUGUUAAAGCGACUCGUUCCUGCUGCGAGAGGAACCCACUGCGGGCAUCGCCGGCGUUGUGGCCGAGGGAAGGUCACUCGGGUCCUUCUCCUCCCUCUCGCCUCUCUCUUCAUCCGGCAAACGACCGAGGGAAAAACUGGAAAUCGGCUCUUGCCGGUGUUGGGAAUACCGUGCCUUUUGCCUGGGAUGAUUUGCCCCGAUGUGCCGCCUCAACGGGAUGUACAAAGUGCGACUGGGACUGCUGCGGCCAGCAAAGUUUGCAGAGUGAUCAGCAGGGGCCGUGGGAUGGAGGGAGCUGGGCACACUCCAGCAGGGUCCCGCACGCACGAUCCGACGGCACGGACCUGCUGCUCCCUUGAAAACUAACUCCCGGUGGUCCAACUCUUACUUCUCCUUGCCAAUUUACACUUUCAGGGAAAAAAAAAACCCACAUACACGAUGCAAUGCAGCGUUCCUGCGUUGGUUUUGUAUAUAAGAUUUGCUAUGCAAUUCCAAAACUAAAACAGGAAGAGAGACGGCCCUGCAUCCCAGAGCAAAGGGAAUCAGAGGUGAAAGGAGAAACUAUGAUUUGGAACGACACCACUAUGGACGGGGAAGGGCUGCUGGUGGAAAGGGACUCCUCUUCCUUUCGGAUCCUCACGGGCUGCUUCCUCUCGCUCCUCAUCCUCUCCACGCUGCUGGGAAACACGCUGGUCUGCGCAGCUGUCAUUAGGUUUCGCCACCUCAGGUCCAAGGUGACCAACUUCUUUGUCAUCUCCUUGGCUGUGUCAGAUCUCUUAGUGGCAGUUUUGGUCAUGCCUUGGAAAGCCGUGGCCGAGAUCGCCGGUUUCUGGCCUUUUGGUUCAUUUUGCAACAUCUGGGUGGCCUUUGAUAUUAUGUGCUCAACAGCCUCCAUCUUAAACCUCUGUGUCAUUAGCGUGGACAGAUACUGGGCCAUCUCCAGCCCGUUUAGGUACGAGAGGAAGAUGACCCCCAAGGCAGCCUUCAUCAUGAUCAGCGUGGCGUGGACUUUGUCCGUGUUGAUCUCCUUCAUCCCAGUGCAGCUGAACUGGCACAAGGCUACAACCACGAGCUUUUUGGACUUCAACGCCAGCUUACAAGGUGUAAGCAUGGACAACUGUGAUUCUAGCCUAAACAGGAUGUAUGCCAUCUCCUCUUCUCUAAUCAGCUUCUACAUCCCCGUGGCCAUCAUGAUAGUAACCUACACCAGGAUAUACCGGAUUGCUCAGAAGCAAAUCCGGCGCAUCUCGGCUCUGGAGAGAGCAGCAGUGCAUGCCAAGAACUGCCAGAACCCGGGCGGCAACAGGAGCAGCAUGGACUGCCAGCAGCCAGAGAGCAACUUCAAAAUGUCCUUCAAGAGGGAAACAAAGGUGUUAAAGACUCUCUCGGUGAUCAUGGGGGUGUUUGUGUGCUGCUGGUUGCCGUUUUUUGUGUUGAACUGCAUGAUUCCCUUCUGCGAGCCCACCCAGCCGUCCAAGGGAGCAGAGGCUUUCUGCAUUAAUUCCACCACCUUUGAUGUUUUUAUAUGGUUCGGAUGGGCGAAUUCUUCCCUCAACCCCAUCAUUUAUGCCUUCAACGCUGAUUUCCGCAAGGCGUUCUCCAGCCUGCUGGGCUGCUACAGGCUCUGCCCCGUGUCUGGCAACGCCAUCGAGACUGUCAGCAUCAACAACAACGGGGCAGUGGUUUUCUCCAGCCAGCACGAGCCCAAAGGCUCCAGCCCCAAAGAGUCCAAUCUGGUUUAUCUGAUUCCACACUCCAUUAUCUGCCCGGAAGAAGAACCUCUCAAAAAGGAAGAUGAGGGUGAGCUGGCAAAGACCUUGGAGAAAAUGUCUCCAGCACUGUCGGGUAUCUUGGAUUAUGAAGCUGAUGUUUCUUUGGAAAAGAUCAAUCCCAUUACACAGAAUGGGCAGCAUAAAACCUGAACAGUAAGGUUUACUCAGCCAGACCUAAUGGUGUGUGUUGUAAUAAUCUUUUUUGGGGAAAAAAAAAGAUACACAAGAUUUUUUUUGGUAAGAACCUAAGCUCUAAGGGAGAAAAAUGCACAUUUACACCAAGCCCAGAAUUAAUUUUCCUGGCAUUCAGAGCAAAUUUAACAUUUCAAACAAUAAAAA